AUGACUUAAUUAUUUCAAAAGGACUUUGAAAUUGAAAGCUUAUCUUGUAUCUAAUAAUCUAGUUAGAACAUGAACUCUGAUGAGGAUAUUGAUUUCUAUAAUUACUAAAACAUUGCAAAUGAUUAAGAUGGUAAAUCACCUAUUAAAAAUAACCCUCCGUCCAAUUAGGAAAAAAAUGAUAUUGAUAAAAAAGAUGAAGGUUACGAAAAAAUUCAAAAAUAGUAAUUUCAAGAGAAACAAAAGAGUGAUUGA